AUGUGUCUCUUCUGCGCUGCUUAUUGGUUCUUCAAGUUGAUGCGGGACAUCCAGUUAAACCACCUGACCUGCUUCAUCGGGGCGUGCAGACCCCCCAACAUCUGCAUCGUCACUGAGUACUGCCUGUGGGGCAGCCUGCAGGAUGUCCUGGAGAAUGAGAGCAUCAACCUGGACUGGAUGUUUUGCGACUCCCUCAUCAAUGACAUUGUCAACGGAAUGGCCUUCCUGCACAACAGCAUCAUUGGCCACCAUGGCAGCCUCAAGUCAUCCAACUGCGUGGUAGACAGACGCUUUGUGCUGAAGAUCACUGACUAUGGGCUGGCCAGUUUCCACUCGCCCUGCGACGGCGAGGACACGCAUGCCCUCUACGCCAAGAAGCUGUGGACGGCCCCAGAGCUGCUGCAGAAGGGGUGCCUGCCCACCCCAGGUAUGCAGAAAGCUGAUGUCUACACCUUUGGCAUCAUUGUGCAGGAGGUCGCCCUGCAUAACAGCCCCUUCUACAUUGAGGGCAUGGACCUGAGCCUCAAAGAGAUCAUGCAGAAAGUGCAGAACAGCCAGAAGCCCUUCUUCCGCCCCUCCAUCGACAUCGGGGUGCACAGCGAGGAGCUGGUGGUGCUGAUGGAGUGCUGCUGGGCACAGGAGCCGGCUGAGCGCCCUGACUUUAGCCAGAUCAAGAUCUUCAUCCAUAGAUUCAACGAGGAGGGCAGCACCAGCAUUCUGGACAACCUGCUGUCACAAAUGGAGCAGUACGCCAACAACCUGGAGAAGCCAGUGGAGGAGCAGAUGCAGGCCUACCUGGAGGAGAAGUGCAAGGCAGAGAACCUCCUCUGCCAGAUCCUGCCUCACUCCAUGGCGGAGCAGCUGAAGCGCGGGGAGACAGUGCGAGCUGCGGCUUUCGACAGUGUCACCAUCUACUUCAGCGACAUUGUGGGCUUCACUGCCCUGGCGGAGAGCACCCCCAUGCAGGUCGUGACACUGCUGAAUGAUCUCUACACUUGCUUUGAUGCCAUCAUCAACUUUGAUGUCUACAAGGUGAGGGGGGUGGAGACCAUCAGGAAGGCCUACAUGGUGGUGGUUGGUGUUGAGCUGCUGGUGCACAAUGGGAAGCUGCAUGCCCGUGAGAUCAUCCGCAUGGCCCUGGCCCUGCUCGAGGCCAUCAAAACCUUCAAGAUCCAUCACUGGCCCAACGACCAGCUCCGCCUGCGCAGCGGCGUACACACCAGUUCUGUGUGUGCUGGACUCGUGGGUCUGAAGAUGCUGUGGUAUUGCCUGUUUGGGAAUACGGUGAACACCGCAUCCCACAUGGAGUCAAAUGGCCAGGCCCUGAAGAUCCACGUCUCCUCCACCACCAAGAAGUUUGGCUGUUUCAAGCUGGAGCUGCACGGGGAUGUGGAGAUGAAGGGCAAGGGGAAGAUGCAGACGUACUGGCUGCUGGGUGAGAGGAAAGACCCCAAAGUCAUUUGA